AUAGACAUUGUAGGGUUACAAGGCAACGUACAUACACGGCCACAAGGUCUCAUCCGAGAUUCGGUUGGUGUGGUAGCUGCUGACGAUAUUUUUUUUUGUGUCCUGUUUGUCCUCGUACUGUGUUCUAGAUCUUCCCGGAACCCAGAUCGGAAGGCUUGUUCUUCGAUAUAAACCAUACGGUUCCUUUUCACCUGUCCCCCUUCUACCACUUACAGCGCUGGGAAGGAAACCAACCAACCAUGCCAUCGCCAAGCUUCGCCAAUUACACAGGCACACCAGCAGUAGCAACAGAAGCAGCAGCAGCAGCAGCAGACAAGUUCCUCCCGGCCCUACACCACGCCGUCUCGGGCUCCGCCGGCACGCUCAUCUCGACAUGCACUCUCUACCCUCUCUCUCUAGCGAUUACCCGCCUCCAAGCUCAACGACAAUUUCGUCGGGAGGAAAGACUCAACAGCAGCAGCAGCAGCAGCGCCAGCAGCGCCGGCGACACCACUCCCACAGGUCCGAUCGGGACCGGGACCGGGCCCGGGGCACCUCCGGGUCCGGCGCGGGAGUCUACGCACGCCGGAAUCACCGAGGCCUUUUCGCGGAUCUGGAGGUCCGGUGGCGGGCCGAGAGCGCUCUAUACUGGCCUAGCUCAAGACGCAGCCAAAUCUGUCUUGGACUCUUUCCUCUUCUUUCUCUUCUAUGAGUGGUUCCGGAGCGUCGGGCUCGCCGCCGGUGGCCGUGGGCGGAGGAGGAGAGGGGAUAGGUCGGUGUCGGGGCUGGGGCUGGGCGUCCUUGAGGAAUUGGCUAUUGGUGUGGCGGCUGGUGCCUGCUCGAGACUCUUCACGACUCCGAUCGCCAAUGUGGUCACCCGCAAGCAGACGGCCUCGCUUGUCGACGGCGAGGGGAGGGAUGCGGAUGCCAGCGUCCGGGAGAUCAUCGAAGCUAUUCGGAAGGAGCAGGGUCUCGCGGGGUUCUGGUCCGGAUACUCGGCUAGUCUGGUGCUCACUCUAAACCCGAGUAUCACCUUUUUCCUUCAGGAGUUCCUCAAGAAAAAGACCGUCUCAGCCGAUAAAUGGGAUAACCCCGGCGCACACAUGACGUUCCUCCUCGCGGCUAUCAGCAAGACCAUCGCCAGCACCAUCACAUACCCGUUCCAAACCGCCAAGACCCGACUGCAAAACGGCGUCCCGGCCGCGCCCAAGAGCCCGAACGGGGAUGCAGCACAAGCCCCCGAGGGAGCAGUCGAGGCCCCCACGCAGGAGACGCAGACACACCACGUCACCUUCGACGAGCCAAUAUCUCCCAAGACAGAAGUCCCCCGCAAAGUCUCCUUCAAAGAGAACGUCGCACCGCCGGAGCGGCUCCCCAGAGGCGAGAGAGACUACAAAUCGGACGCGCUACGGGCGGUCCAGGACUUCGGUAAGAGCAGCGUCUUCGGCACCGCCGUGCAGAUCGCGCGCGCCGAGGGCGUCGGGGCCCUGUACGACGGCAUCUUCGGGGAGCUGGUUAAGGGCUUUCUGGGCCACGGGACCACGAUGUUGGCUAAGGAUGUCGUGCAUAAGCUGCUUUUUAAGCUGUACUUUGUCGUCGCGGGCGUCUUGGCUGAGAUCCGGGCGCGCAGGGCUAGGGCUAGGGCUGGAGCUGGAGCUGGAGUUCGGGGUAGGACUGAGGCUAGAGCUGUUGUUAGGCCGGUGACUAGGACCGAAACUCGGACUGAGACCGUGGUUGAGACUGUGGUUAGGAGCGCGCCGGAAGCUAGGAUGGAAGCUGGGCCGGAGCCUAGGGCUAUAAUUGAGGCCCCGAUGGCCCCGAUUAAGGCCCGGUCUAGCACUCCACCACCUCCGGUACGAAUGUCCUCGCCUCCGCCAUCGCCGCCGUCCUCAUUACUAGAAUCACCACCACCAUCACCACCAGCGUCUCUACCCGAAGCGCCAACACCACCCCCUCUCGAAUUCGAAUCCGAAUCCGAAUCCGAACCCCCCAUCCCCUUCGCCCUCCCCCCUCCUCCUCCACCACGCCUACCCUCCCCCCCACCACAGCGCUCCUCCCCCUCUCCCCUCCGUCUAGCAUCUCUACCGCCUCGCCGCCCCCCAACCCCUCCGCCCUCAGAGCCGCAGCACCAGCUCCACUCGCUCCGGUACCGAUACGAGCGACUCCCGUCUCCCCCGCCGACGCCGUAUCCCGCGGCGGGCUACGGCUAUCGCUGGAGUAGUAGUCCGCGGAAUCAUAGCGGGGGACGGUCGUUUCUGGCUGAGGACGGGGAUGUGGAUGUGGAUGUAGAGGAUGGUGGGGGGAGCGUGGUGGCGAAUAUGAUUGAUAGGACGCAGAGGGGGGUUAAGUAUUAUUGAUGAGAUGAGGAUGAUGAUGAUGAUGAUGAUGAUGAUGAGGGUUAAUAUUGGGGUGGGGUG